GUAUAGCAGCUAGAGGAGAGAAUUUAUCAAUCAGAUUUUGGGAAUUAAAGGGUUAACUGAGAUUUAUUGCCUAGUAUAUAUUACGUAAGACCUAUAAUGCCUAUAUGCAUACAUACAUGUAACUUAUACAAUUAUAUUAAAUGAUUUGAUUAUUAACUUUAUAGACAGAGAGUUGUGACUCAAAGUUAAUGCACUACAGGAAUAAUGUCUGCCUAUGUUCUGACAAGUUACGAGACUGGAGUUCCCUACUGUCUGGAUCCACACACACUGGAGACUCUGGGUCCUGACUAUCUGAAUGGUCAUUUACAGCUUGGAUGCUUUGCUGCUCAUUUUAGAAUUGAUUCAGAAAGAAAGCGACUUGUGUGCAUAAGCCACCGUCCAGGAUUUUCACAGAGGCCCAGUUUGGCAGUGUACGAGUUUGAUCCGUCAUGGCAGCUCUGUCAGAGGCAAGUCCAUCACAUUGAAGGACUGAAUUACGCUCACGAUUUUAUCCUUUUGCCAGACUACUAUGUGUUCCACAUGACGCCUUUUGUGAAGGGAACAUGGUGGACCCAGGCAAAGAUGAAGCUUGGGUUGAGUUCCCCGGGGGAGGAAAUGCGAUAUUACCCAGAAUUGCCGUCUCGCUUUGUCAUCAUACCACGACAUGGCAGUGGUGAUAGCGCAGGUGUAAUACUGGUUGAUACGGAUCCCUGUCACAUUUUCCAUUUUGGCACGGCUCAGCAGGAUGGGAACAGAAUUGAGUUCUCCGCGGUGUGUCUGGGCACAAACUUCGACAUGACAUUUGAUAGCGAGAUUUGGCUCAGCAACACCUCAGUCUCCCCGGGUCUCGCUUACAAAUUCACCAUCGACUUGGACACUAAGCGCUGUACUCGAACACAAAUUGAUCGUGCGAGCGUGGAGUUCCCUUCCACGCAUCCAUACAGGCAUGGCAUGCGAGGCACGCGUUAUAACUACUUCAUGGCGUGCGACAGGCCAGGGUUUAACCUCCCUUAUAGGGAUGUGGUGAAGUUGAAUGCUGAAAAUGGGGAGCGUCAAGUCUGGUACUCUCACGGUUGCCUGGGCGAACCUGUGUUCGUGCCCCGACGAGGUUACGAUUCGUGGCGAGAAGGCGACGAAGAUGAUGGCUACGUCAUCGUUCAAGUGUACAUACCGGAAAAGCACCUAACCGAGUUCUGUGUGCUGGACGCAAAGGAUGUUGGGAAGGGCCCCUUGGCACGUAUCAAACUGAAGCACCAUGUACCUUAUGGUUUCCAUGGCACCUUUACGCCAGAGGUUUUCAGGAACGGACCCAGGCUAAUCGCUAAGUUGUGAUAGAAUAUAACAAAUUGCAAAAGCAGGCUUCU